AGUAUAUAUUAAAUAUACACAUUUAAGUUGUAUACUUUGUUGUAUUGGUUUCUUUGUGAAACAACUUUUACCACAGCUAGCUACUUUCUUGCUAGAAAAUGUUAGAGAGCAUAUAACUUAUAAUCUUUGCAUUCAGUACCGAAAAAAUAACAGCAUCAAAUUAUUUCAAAGUUCAAACUGCUGAACAUAAUCGUUAUUAAUUGUCUGUCAAAAUUGCAUGCAUGUACAGUAUCAACUUAACCAUGCACAGAACUUACCAUCUGUAGAUGUCUGCUGAGUUGUCUUUCUUCUUUAACUUCAUAUUGUUCUGACACAACCUGCAUCUCAUUCUUUUUUUCAACAGCUUCUUUUUCUGUAACCAUUUAAUUAAUUUGACUGUCCUCUUCGUGGUUGGCUUUCCCUCCGUUAAAGACAAUAUUUUUUUCCCCAAAUGCAUGAUUUUAUGUUAGUGGAAUUUAGCUUGCGUCAUUUUUGUAGGGAUUGUGGAAUUGAGCGCCAACUUGGUCCUGAUUGGUCAGGAUACGGCCAACGUGGUCUGAGUGACGCACGCGCAUGUGCAAAACUGAUCGCCAUCCAUGGGAUUAUUAAUAUCUUUUAUUUAUUAUUUGAUUCAUAUUUAGCUAGACAAUUUUACAUUCUGAUACUUUCGCCACAUCGCUCGACAGUACAAGUUGUGGCCUGGACGUGCGCGACUAAUCACGUGGUGAGAGAGACAUUACUCGCUCACGAUCGACACAUCUCUAGUAGACAUAAUGCUUCCAAACAGAAACGUUGUAAAAUUUCUUAAUGACAUUAAAUUGUUUGGAGCCCGCUUUACACUGACAGAGAUAUCGUACUUUGAUAAUACACUGGAAAUUCAGGCACCAAAUGAGUUCCUUUUGGAAAUGAGCAUCGGUACGAGAAAAACUUCUACAGUCAUACGACAUGAACCAGUAAGCAGCGAGGAGGAUGCGGGAGAGGGCAAGGAGUGCGCCAAAUCCAAAGUCACACAUCGACGAGGUAACGAAUACUUUGCUCACAUUGUGAUAGCAGCUUAACAUGGACUCUGUGGGUAUGCGAAGAGGCAAAAGAAAGGCGAAUGACAUUGACCCAUCUGUGCAACAGUUUCCACAAGAUAUGCCACAGAAAUCUGUGAAGAAGGGUGGAAAAGGCUUAUUUGUGCAUAAGCCUCUACAAAUUCAACAGAAGAUAUCUUCAAGGACCGAGAAUACUGAGAUGGUUCUUUCACCUCUGGGCGACACUCCACAGACCUCUGCAGCAAAAAGGGCCAAAGAAAUGGAAGCCCCCACUCUGCAAACAGCCUUGCAGGAGGCUAAACAAACCAUUGAAGGCCAAAAAAGAGAGAUUGCUACCUUAAAAGAAUGGGUUGAUGUACUAAAAGAGGAACGACAAUUCCUCCGAGACAGACUUAAAGAGGCUCUUGCAGUAAGAAGUGACAUGGGGGGAGAUGUGGCCAGUAAAAUGCCACCUAAAGGGCAGGCACAUGGAAAGAGGAAACGGGAUUCAGAUGUAACAGAUUCCUCAUCCUCUGAAUCCACAUCUGAUUCAACAUCUAAUUCUGAGGUCUUAGAGGCCAAGAAAACCAAGAAGAAGAAGAAGUCCCGGCCCAAAAAGGCAAAGAAAAAGGUCAAGAAACUAAGAGUCAAAACCCCUGACGACUCCAUCUGCCGCUACAACAUGGUAUUGGAAAAGAUUAAAAAGGAGAACAUCAGCAAAUCUGAAGCUUAUGCGAGGCUUGGGGUAGAUAGAAAUACUAUUGUGUAUCAGGCUCCAAUUGCAGAACUUGCAGCGGCUAACCCAGAUCUCUUUAAUACAUUGAGGUCCACUUUUAAAAGAAAGGACAGCCUGAAAAGGUUUGCUGAAACUUGCAGGGGUUUUUGUGAACAAGAGCCUACAGCUUCAGCCAUUCUGAAAAAGAAAGAUGAUGGGUCCUUACUGGACAUUUACAAGAACUAAAGUGUAUGUGUACUGCCGUAUGUUUGUUCCAUGUUCAGUUUAGUUUUGUUUAGUGUUUUAUAUUGUUCUGCGUUUAUUUCACCUUCAGAAACAAAGCUGUUUGGGAAAGCCUUUUUUAUUUUUUUGUUAAACCUUUAACAGCUCUGUGGUUUCGUUUAUGUGCCUGUAUAUGUACUGAAUCCAUGCUCAGGUUUUACCGGUCACUAAUGUUGAUUGGCUGGGUUAUACUAAUUGAAAAUAAAGCAGUGAAAGUUAAGAUCAACGUCUAUUUGUGUCCACAGUACAUCGUAUGUAAAGGCUUGAAGUUUUGUGUUUAUAUUC